CAAUAUCUUAUCAUAUCUUAUCGUAUCAUAUCGUAUCAUAUCGUAUCGUAUCGUUUCUGCAUCAUGCCGGACUCAAUCAACGGCGACCUCUACGUCCGCAACCUCGCCGCCUUCGUCCGCACAAACGAGCGUUCUCUCGCCUCCAAACACCGCCCCGGGAAGCGCAACCUAGACGCCUCCGUCUUCUCCUCCCCCCUCAACUCCCUCAACAUCCCCAUCACCCGCUCCCGCGCCGCCCGCCUCUCCCUCACCCCCCACCACCUCUUCUACCUCCUCCACCGCUUCAAAGACCUCGGCCUCCCCGUCGGCCCCCUCACCGUCCGCCUCGAGUUCGUCGACCAGUCCUCCUCCCCCUCAAACUACAUCUCCUUCCUCGACGACUCCCUCCACCACAAACGCUCCUUUUCCACCGACCAAACCUCCAUCCAGUCCUCCUCCUCAGUCUUCUCCUCCAUCUCCGGCGUCUCCGCCAUCUUCUCAAACCUCUCCAUCAACAGCAAAGAGAAAGCCAGAGCUUCCCUCGAACAUGACCUGAAAUACCUCUACUCCUCCUUCACCGUCCUCCCCUCCCUCCGCCUCGCCCCCGACCGCAAAGCAAAAACAAUCGACGGCUUCGAAGAAUUCCCCUUCGACCGCGCCGUCCCCCUCAUCGCAUUCAAAAACCUCUCCUCCCUCGAACUCAUCGACGUCGACGUCCGCGCCUUCUACGGCUGGGACGCCGUCUCCGAACGCCUCAAGUCCCUCUCCGUCAAGCACAGCCAGAUCGACGACCCCGUCGACCUCAUCGUCGGCCUCGUCCUCGACGACAUCAACCAGCGCCGCAAGCGCUCCCUCGAUGAUAUCCCCGCCUACACCACCGUCGACGCCGACGAAGGCCCCGAAAACCUCCUUCUCGCCCGUGUUGUCUCUUCAGAAAUAGGUAGUAGCGGUCGACGUCGCUCCCUCUCUCAAUCCCGCAGCCGACGACCGAACCUCACCGAUGACCUGCAACAGCGCUCGCGAUCACAGUCCACCCCCCGCAGCGCCCGCCGUCUUCGCUCAGACUCGAUCUCCUCUGUCGCGUCCUCCCUACGCUCCCCAUCACCUCCAACCGAACUAGGCCCGCUCAACUGGCACCGCCUCCGCAUCCUCUCCCUCGCCGACAACGGCAUCUCCUGCAUCACAAACGAGGCCAUGAUGCCGCUCACCGACUCCCUUCUGUCGCUCGACCUCUCCUCGAACUUCCUCGUCGCCAUCCCCGCCGCUCUAUCCUACCUCACCUCGCUCACCUCGCUCAACAUAAGCUACAACCUCAUCUCCUCCCUGCACUCCCUCGCGCACCACCCUCUCCCGGCAAUCACCGUCCUCAACCUGCGCGGAAACAACAUCGUCUCCCUCGCAGGCCUCGACCGCAUCCUCUCCCUCGAACGCCUCGACCUGCGCGACAACAAACUGACCGACCCCACCGAACUCGCGCGGCUCACGGGCGCGCCGAAUCUCUCAGAGAUAUGGGUGCUGGGUAACCCGUUUGUCAAAUCACACCACUCCUCAUACCGCGUCACUAUCUUUAACCUCUUUCGACAGACGCCGGGGUAUACGGACGACAUUCUGCUUGACGGAAGUUUGCCGGGGUUGCUUGAGCAGCGCACGUUGGCCGAGCGCGCGGAGGAAGCUGUUCCGUCGCCGGUCGCCACACGGCACGGUAGCAAUGUUAUUUUCGACGAGCAGCCUCAGCAGCCUGUUAAAAAAGAAGACAGCGGGGAUUUGCUGCCAAAGUUCAGUUUCAACUUUUUCAGGUCCUCGCCGCCGCCGCCGCCUGCAGCACCAGCAGCAGCAGCAGCAGAGAAAGUGAAAGAUGACCGCGACGAAAUGCCACCUCCUCUCACCGCCCCGCGCCCGAUCCGCACCCACCCCGCGAUGCGGAUCGCCAACUCGACCACCCCGACCGACAAAAAACCUCGCAAAAAAGCCGGUCGAAAGAGACUAGUGGACCUCGACCCCGAGAUGAGCGGCGACGACCAGCUGAGCACAAACACGGCCGCGAGCUCGGUGAAGUCGCUGGGCAGGAGCGUGUCGCCGCCGUUUGCGAUGACCGAGUCGGAGUGGACUAGUAAAGGCGAAGAGUACCGGAAGCGGAUUGAGGCGCUGCGGAAUGAUUUUGGGAGCGGGUGGUUGAGUGUGUUGAGCGAGGAGCUGUGAUGAUGAUGAUUAUGUUAUGCAUUGGUGUUGUCUUUUGUCUUUUGUUUUUGGUGUUUUGCAUUCUGUUUAUCUUCUAAUGACCUUUUUCUAUUUUAAUAUUGCAUUGUGACGAAUUCUUUUCUUUUAUCUCUAUCUUAUCAGAUUGAUGACUUUAAUCUUUAUUUUCUACUUUAUUUCUAGACUUGUUUUCUUACUAGUUUUGAUCUUGGGGGUAAUAUCUAAAAGUUUGGUUUACUUGUGUGCUUGAUUCAAGCUUAAUUAUAUAUAAUACUAUUGUUACUGCACUAAACUACAGUUUACUAUAGUAUUAUGAGCAACAAACUAAUUACUAUA